CCAGAAGCCAGGCGGUGGGAGUGGGGAGCCCAGCGCCCCGCCAGCUCCUUCUCCUGUGCCCUCCGGAGCUGCCUACCCGCCGAGAGAAACCAAAGACGAAUGGGCUUAGAGGCAGGGGGCUGGAGACCGGGAGGGGAUAGGAGAGAACGGGGAAGUGGGUCUGAGAUGGGUUUGUUUGCGCCGUCCACUCCUCCCCCACCAAGGCGGGAGAAGGGCCGUGCAAGCCCCCGCGGAAGUGGAAGCCCUACCCGAGCAGAGUCUGCGGAGCCCAGAACGGGUGUGUGUUCUGGCCCCACUCUGGACAUGCCAGUCCCUUCCAGCUUCAAUGACGUGGGCCAGGACAUGCAGCUGCGUAGCUUCAUCGGCUGGGUGUGGUACGAUCGAGAGGUGACCCUGCCCCAGCGAUGGACCCAGGACCUGUUCACUAGAGUGGUGCUGCGAAUUGGCAGUGCCCACUACUACGCCAUUGUGUGGGUGAACGGUGUCCAUGUGGUAGAGCAUGAGGGAGGCCACCUCCCGUUUGAGGCUGACAUCAGCAAGCUGGUCCAGAGUGGGCCCCUGUCCUCCUGCCGCAUAACCAUUGCCAUCAACAACACGCUCUCCCCCAACACCCUGCCACCAGGGAACAUCGUCUAUAAGACAGAUACCUCCAAGUAUCCCAAGGGUUACUUUGUCCAGGACACAACAUUUGACUUCUUCAACUACGCGGGACUGCAUCGACCCGUGCUCCUCUACACCACGCCCACCACCUACAUUGAUGACAUCACCAUCAACACUGGUGUGGACCAAGACACUGGGAUUGUGAAUUACCAGAUUUUUGUCCAGGGCAGCGAACACUUUCAGCUGGAAGUGCGUCUUCUAGAUGAGGAAGGCAAAGUUGUGGCUGAAGGAACAGGGGGCCGAGGUCAGCUGCAGGUGCCCGGAGCCCACCUCUGGUGGCCAUACCUGAUGCAUGAGCACCCUGCUUACCUAUACUCAUUGGAGGUGAGGCUGACUACACAGACAGCAGCUGGGUUUCUGUCUGACUUCUACACUCUCCCUGUUGGGAUUCGUACUGUGGCUGUUACAGAGAGCCAGUUCCUCAUCAAUGGGAAGCCUUUUUAUUUCCAUGGGGUCAACAAGCAUGAGGAUGCAGAUAUUCGAGGGAAGGGCUUUGACUGGCCACUACUGGUGAAGGACUUUAACCUGCUUCGCUGGCUUGGUGCCAAUGCCUUCCGCACAAGCCACUACCCCUAUGCGGAGGAGGUGAUGCAGCUCUGUGACCGCUAUGGGAUCGUUGUCAUUGACGAGAGUCCCGGCGUGGGCAUCGUGCUGCCCCAGAGCUAUAGCAACAUAUCUCUGCAGCACCACCUGCAGGUGAUGGAGGAGCUGGUGCGCAGAGACAAGAAUCACCCCGCCGUUGUGAUGUGGUCUGUGGCCAACGAGCCCACUUCCUUCCUGAAACCUGCUGGCUACUACUUCAAGACGGUGAUCGCCCACACCAAGGCCUUGGACCCCUCCCGGCCCGUGACCUUUGUGACCAACUCCAACUAUGCCGCAGACCUGGGGGCGCCGUAUGUGGACGUGAUCUGCGUGAACAGCUACUACUCCUGGUAUCACGACUACGGGCACCUGGAGGUCAUCCCGCUGCAGCUAGAGACCCAGUUCGAGAACUGGUACAGGACCUACCAGAAGCCAAUUAUCCAGAGCGAGUAUGGCGCAGAAACCAUCGUGGGGUUUCACGAGGAUCCACCUCUUAUGUUCAGUGAAGAGUACCAAAAAAGUCUACUCGCGCAGUAUCAUUUGGUUCUGGAUAAAAAACGCAAGCAAUACGUGGUUGGAGAGCUCAUCUGGAAUUUUGCCGACUUUAUGACUAACCAGUCACCCCUGAGAGCAGUGGGGAAUAGAAAGGGCAUCUUCACUCGUCAAAGAAAGCCCAAAAGUGCAGCGUUCGUUUUGCGAGAGAGAUACUGGAGACUUGCCAAUGAAACCAGGUAUCACCGUUCAGUAGUGAAGUCACAGUGUCUGGGAAACAGCCCGUUUACGUUUUAGAACAAGAACUACCCCUCUGCUGAUGCUGCUUGUACUGGCCCACUCCGUCCCAAGUGAGGGGUGGCUUCCAAGGAGUCACAGAAAGUGCUCCCUGGAUCGUUCCUGGCAGACCAGUUUGGGUCUGGAUUUUGUGAUCUUCUAGAAGGGAAUGGUAGAGAUGAAAUAAAAGCUUUUCUCAUUUGGAAUAGAGUUGGCAUGAAAGUGACCACCCAUAAACUAAAUGGUCUAUACUUCUGAAAAUAUCUGAAAUAGAUUUUGUACACCGGGCUGUUUCCAGAACCUCAACUGUGUACAGACUCUGAGAAACUGCUGCCUACAUCUGACCUAUGUUAAGAGCUGCUGGCUAAGACUGCUUGCACAGGAUAGCCCUACAGCCCCGGCCUGCCCAACCCAGCAAGUGAAAGCCAAAGACUUUCACAGCCGCUGGUAAACUCACAGGAGAGUCUAAGUCCUACAUACAUCAAGGCAGUUGUAGGUGUACCGUCCUGCCAUGGUAAUUAACAAGGUCUGCGUGGCAGUUUCCACACAAGCUGACAAACAUAAGAAAGGUAAGCGCUGAAGAGGGUCCAGUUGGGACUUUGGCGGUAACCAGUUCCAGGAUAUUGUUCCAGCGUCCGCCAUAGUCUAGUCUUGACAGAAAUGGAGGAGCUGUAAAAGCCCACAAUGGAUGCCAGUAAGUGCCACAAGACCUCUUUAAAUACGGUGCCUAUUCCAUGCCUCUGUACCUUUCCCAGAGGAUGGUCUUUCCUUAAGGAAUCUUUCCUCCUGCAUCCAGAGUCUCUUACGCCAAGUAAGGUGCAUUAUUCCUAAGAUCUGUGUAUUCAUCAACCCCAGUUUAAAGCUAAAUGCUAUGUAAAGAUAUCCCCUUUUUUGUCCAAUCAAAUGGAAGACAAUGAACCAGUAUGGUUCUCGAUACAGAACUUGAUUCACUUUCUUACAUUAAUUUCCAUGUCUCAACAUACCCCCUUUCUGCCUUCCUUUCAAGCCCCAUGAAAGAAAGUACAGAUAUUUUAGCCUAUUUUUAGUAAAUGACUAUAAGUCAUUAUUUAGAAAUAAGAGUGUAGUUGGUUCAAAAAUUCUAGGGGCUCCAUGUUUCUUAUUACCACUGAACUUGUUCUUUAAGGUUGUCAAGUUCCAUGUUCCAUUUUAAUGUCGAAGAAUAAUAUGUAACUCUGUAGUUGACAAGCAUUAAAUAAAAUUAAACAUAAACACUUAAAUGUUUUACA